GUGAGCGAGGAGGGAGGCGGCGUCGGCGCGGUCCGAUGCGGCGUCGGCGCGGCGAGGCGGCGCGGCGGGCAGGAUGCACCAGAAGCUGCUGCGGAGCGCGCACUACAUCGAGCUGGGGAGCUACCAGUACUGGCCCGUGCUGGUGCCCCGCGGCAUCCGCCUCUACACCUACGAGCAGAUCCCCGUCUUCCUGAAGGACAACCCCUACAUCACCGACGGCUACCGGGCCUACCUGCCCUCCCGCCUCUGCCUCAAGAGCCUCUUCAUCCUCUCCAACGAGACGGUCAACAUCUGGAGCCACCUGCUCGGCUUCGUCCUCUUCUUCACGCUGGGCAUCUACGACCUGACGGCCGUCCUGCCGGCCGCCGGCGCCUCCCGAGAGGACUUCGUCAUCUGCUCCGUCUGCCUCUUCUGCUUCCAGGUCUGUAUGCUUUGCUCAGUAGGAUAUCAUCUCUUCUGUUGUCACCGCUCGGAGAAGACCAGCCGACGAUGGAUGGCACUAGAUUAUGCGGGAAUUUCCAUUGGUAUCCUGGGCUGCUAUGUGUCAGGCGUGUUUUACGCAUUUUAUUGCAAUAACUACUGGCGUCAGGUAUAUUUAAUCACUGUGCUGGCAAUGAUCUUGGCAGUAUUUUUUGCUCAGAUUCAUCCCAGUUACCUCACGCAACAGUGGCACAGACUGCGCUCCAUCAUCUUUUGCUCAGUGUCUGGAUAUGGAAUUGUUCCCACCAUCCACUGGGUUUGGCUCAACGGCGGCGUCGGUGCGUCUAUUGUACAGGAGUUUGCUCCGCGUGUAGUUGUCAUGUACUUCGUCGCUGCUGUAGCUUUUCUCUUCUAUAUUUCCAAAGUUCCAGAAAGAUACUUCCCAGGACAGUUGAACUACCUCGGCUCGAGUCACCAAGUCUGGCAUAUCCUUGCAGUGGUGAUGCUGUACUGGUGGCAUCAGUCCACAGUGUACAUCAUGCAAUAUCGACACAGCAAGCCCUGUCCUGAGUAUAGCGCAGACUUGUGAGCAAAGAGGCACGGCGAUGAAAUUUCUGACUUGGAGGGUCUGGACCUUACCUAAUGAGCUGAGC